AAGCUCACCUUUAUAGUCUGUACUUAAAAAGGCAUUUGAUGGAAAAUAUAAAAAGCACAUCUGUAACGCUGGUGGCUUUGUGACCUGCUCCUCCCUUGCUUCCUUUCCACUCACAACCAAAGACCCGAGCUCUGUGGAGUAGCAGUUAAUGAGCAGACUAAUUAGCGGUGCUCGGCCUUUUUUCUCUGUCAUGGUGACAGUAAACCCGCGUGGUCAAAGACAGAGGUGGUUUCUAAGCCGCAGCCCUUUUGCCGCUUGUGACACAGCGUUGUUUUCCAACCGCCUUUCUGCUGCCUGUCCCGCUUGCCCGCGCCGCCAUCUUGGCUCCGCGGGCGGGGGCGCGUGCGCAGUGGGAGCGGAGAGUGGCGCGUGCGCAGCGGGGCGGGUGGCGCGUGCGCGGCGGCGGUGGCGGGAGGCGGCGGAAGAUGGCGGCAGCCGGCGGUGAGGGGAUGGAGGCGGACUCGGACGGCGGCAGCGAGGAACUGGUGCUUACCCCGGCGCAGCUCAUCCGCAGCCUGGAGCAGGCGUGGCUGAAUGAGAAGUUUGCUCCAGAGCUGCUGGAGAGCAAACCCGAGAUCAUCGAGUGUGUGGUGGAGCAGCUGGAUCACAUGGAGGCAAACCUGAAACGGGCAAAGAGAGGAGACUUGAAGGUCAGCGUUCACCGCAUGGAGAUUGAAAGGAUCCGUUAUGUGCUCAGCAGCUACCUGCGAUGUAGGCUGGCGAAGAUAGAGAAGUUUUUCCCCCACAUCCUGGAGAAGGAGAAGUCUCGAGCCGAAGGGGAGCCUUCCAUUCUGUCACCAGAGGAGUUUGCUUUUGCUAAAGAGUACAUGGCAAACACAGAGACUUAUCUGAAAAACGUGGCCCUGAAACACAUGCCGCCCAACCUGCAGAAAGUGUCUCUCCAAAAAUCAGUUCCCAAGCCCAACCUGGACUCCUUUGUGUUCCUGCGGGUGUUGGAGCGGCAGGAGAACAUCCUGGUCGAGCCAGAGACGGAUGAGCAGAGGGAGUACACCAUCGACCUGGAGGAGGGCUCGCAGCACCUCAUCCGCUACAGGACCAUCGCCCCGCUGGUGGCCUCGGGAGCCGUGCAGCUCAUCUGAGGCACGAGCGGCUCUUGCAGGUGUUCGUUCGGCGCGCGGGCCGUCGCCCCCCCCAGCCAUGCCCGUGGACCUGGCCGUGCGGCUCUGCCUGAGCCACUCGCCCCCCAUCCGCAAGCUGCUCAACUCCUAUGAGGAGCUGCGGGGCAACCGGGGGUGCAAGCCCCUCCGAUCCUGUCUCAACCAGAAGCUGAGUGCAGAACCCGAGCCUGAGUGGCGAGACAGCACCAAGAGCUCCAAGGGCCAGAAGAAGAAGAGGGUCGUGUUUGCUGACAUGAAGGGGCUGUCGCUGACGGCUGUCCGCUUCUUCUCAAAGAUCGAGGAGGACCUCUGUGACUUGCAGCAUGCCCUGUCUGACCUUGCCUGCUUCCGACCUAAGCUGCGGGACUCGCGCCCAGAGGUGUGCAGGUAUGUGCUGGACUUCCCACAGCCCUCUGCGGACUACAAGAGUUUCCGCAGCCGCCUACACAGCAGCCUUGU